CUCUCCUCUUCUUAUCAGUCCUAAACCCAGAACCCUCGCCCUCGCCCUCGCCCGAUCCAAACCAUGGCCCUCUCAGUCGAGAAAACCUCGUCCGGGCGCGAGUACAAGGUCAAAGAUCUGUCACAGGCCGACUUCGGGCGGCUCGAAAUUGAGCUGGCUGAGGUAGAAAUGCCGGGACUCAUGGCAUGUCGGGCCGAGUUCGGGCCUUCGCAACCCCUCAAGGGAGCCAGAAUCACUGGUUCUCUCCACAUGACUAUCCAGACCGCCGUCCUCAUUGAAACUCUCACCGCCCUUGGCGCCUCCGUCCGGUGGUGCUCGUGCAACAUCUUCUCCACUCAAGACCACGCCGCUGCCGCCAUUGCCCGCGACUCCGCUGCCGUUUUCGCCUGGAAGGGUGAAACCCUUCAGGAGUAUUGGUGGUGUACUGAGAGGGCAUUGGACUGGGGUUCAGAAGGAGGGCCUGAUUUGAUAGUGGAUGAUGGUGGUGAUGCAACUUUGCUGAUUCAUGAGGGGGUCAAGGCAGAGGAGGAGUAUGAGAAGACUGGGAAGUUGCCGGACCCGAGCUCAACUGAAAAUGCUGAGUUUCAGAUAGUUUUGGGGAUAAUUAGAGAUGGACUUAAGGUGGAUCCCAAGAAGUACCACAAGAUGAAGGGGAGAUUGGUUGGUGUUUCGGAGGAGACUACCACCGGUGUCAAAAGGCUUUAUCAAAUGCAAGCUAAUGGAACCCUGUUGUUCUCCGCUAUUAAUGUCAAUGAUUCUGUUACUAAGAGUAAGGUAGUAUUAUUGAUUUGGGUUCAAGUUCUUGUUUUCGGCCACUUAAUUUCUGCAUUUGCUGCAUGCAGAUGAAUUUAAAUGAAAGUU